AUGGCCUCUUCCAUGGUGCCCACGUCCGCCCAAAUGAAAGUGAAGAAAAGAGUAGUCAACCUGGUCAAUCCAGCAGAUCCUCAAGAUUUCUCUGCACAGAGCAUCUCCCCAUCCACCUCACCCAAUACCUCUGCUCACAUGGAAGAGGAACCAGUCACAGAAGAGAAGAUCACUCCGCCUAUCAUGCGAUUUUCAGAAAGAACUCAGACAUUCAAUUUUACUCCUGGAGUCAAAGGUAUACUCAGAUCAACAGGUACACCAGGAUCAGGUAAUGGAGUUCGAUUCUUCCCUAAAAACAAAUUCAGGAUUAUCACCCCUAACGCCUCAGUGCAUCAACCUACACCUAAACCACCCGCAUCACCUACCAAUUCCUUCUUCUCUCAAUUGCUAGCAGUGACCAUCCCAUCGAUGUCUCCUCGACGAGGCUCAGCCUCAGGGGAGGUCAAGGGUGCAGAUGAAAGUUGGGAAAUCCCAGGACAAGAAGGGGAGAUUUCCCUGGUAGCUUCGUCAAUCGCAUCGGGAGAUAGAUCAAUAGAAAAUCAUAAUUGGGAUGAACAGGUUGAUGAGCGAGAGAUAGACGAAAGUAUAGAUGAUGUAAGGGAAGAUUCAUGGAAUGGUCAACCUCAAAUACAUUGUUCUCCCUUGGCAUUACCCGAAGGCGAUGCCAAUACAUCGAAAGAAACCAGUUUGAUAGGAUUCGAAUUGCCUUCGACGGAAUUACAAUAUCCCGAUGAUAUGUCUAAUCUACUCUCGACGAGAUUCCAACCUGAAGAUCCAUCUUUCUCAAUCAACGAUCUUCCUUCUUCUAAUCUACCGACAGCGAAAGAUCUGCAAACAUUGUCGCCGAUCAAGGAGGAUUUGACGAACAGGACUGAAGAUGAGUUUUGGAAUGUUCCAACUUCCACCAAUGUACCAGACGAUAGGUCGGGAUCUUCCGAACAUUCAGAUUUGAGAGCACCAGAUUUAUCGGACCCAACUAUUCGACGACCUAUCACCUCGGCUGUCAAUGCGUCGGACCAGACGACCAGUCCUACACCUAUCGGAAGACCAUAUAACACUUCAUCGAUAUUUGCAGACAUGUCAGCCGAACAAGCUGAGCUUACCUGGCCCCUCACUAGAAGGAACGAAGACGACGACCAGGAACUCGAUAGCAAUUUCCCUACGCCCAUCAAAUCUUCUUCUCCUCCUUCAAGCAAAAGCUUGCAAACUCCCAAAGCAGGUGCCGGUGCCGGUGAUAUAACGCAGUUUUUCGAUACUACUAUGACGAUGUCUUUCACGUCUCCCUCUCCGGAAGCUAUCGUACUUCGCUCAUCUUCCUCGUUUGCCACGCAAGCUCAAGAUUUCAUGGUGCCCACUCAAAAAUUGUUUGAAGCUCAAGUAGCUCAUACCUCAGCUCUGACAGCCGAAUUGGAGCUUUACAAAGACCUGGCGAAGAAAUUACAAGAUGAAGUUGUAGAACGUGAUGAGUGCCUGGCCAAAUUGAAUCUGAGAGCGUUGGAGGCUGAAGUCUUACAUGACCAAGUACAAGAUUUGCAAAGGGAAAUGACAAGUCUCAGAUCGGAAUCUAGGAGGAAAAGUUUAUCCCCUUCACCUGUGGAUUCACCUACACUUCUAGCUACAGCUGGUCUCAGAGCGAGACAGGGGGUAGUAGGGAUGUCAGAUCGAACGAUGGCUGCUCAGUCCGAAGCGAAAGAAUUGGAAAUUCGACUAGCGAAGACAUUGGCUGAUUCUGAAGAUAUGGGCAGGGAAUUACAUCAAGUUCAGAUUGACAAGAAGCAAUUGAAGGAUGAGUUGAAUGUACUGAGAAUCCAGAAGCAAGAAAUGGAAGAUCAAGAAAGGGAUAGAUUGGUGAAGGAACAAGGACAUAUAGAUGAGAUCGAAUUACUGAGAAAGAAAUUGGAAGAUGCUCAUCAACGUAUUGAUGGGUCGACAAAUGGGCAUGAUCACGAAGAAGAGAUACGCCAACUUCAAGAGGAGUUGAAAGAAGCUCAUCAACACAUUGUGGAUCUGCAAUCUUACGAAGAUGAAAUGCAUGCUUUGAAGGCUGAGUUGGACAGUGCUCAUCGUCAAUUGUAUGAAUACGAAUCCAGACACAAUGACGAGGACAACAUUCAAAAAGAUCGUGAAGAUGCCAGGACUCGACUGGAUCAGGUGGAGCAGGAACUGGAAGAUACUAAACGUCAACUAGGAGAUAAGGAACAAGAGGUUCAUACUUUGCAAGAUGAGUUGGACAAAGUAAAUGGUCAGCUUGAUAAUUGGGCGAACGGAUCAAUGGUUCAACAUGAGCUGGACGAGGCCAAGGAGAAGAUCAAGGAGUUGAAAAUACACGUCAAAGAGUUGACUGAAAACAAGUUGGUAGAUGAAGAUGAGAUUGAAACCCUACUUAAUCAGGUUGAUAAGUUCAAGGGAUACAGGAAGAGCGAGGAGGAAAUGAAAAAGCGUGUGAAUGAGGUUGAAAAUAGGUUGGAUGUUGAGAUUAGUCGAAGGAAGGAAUUGGAGAAAAGGUUCAAAGAUGAGGAAGAGCUUGUGAGAGAGCUCGAGAAGGAGAAUGAACAUUUACGUUACGCUGUUGACCAAGCUGAACAACUUGCUCAAGCAUCAUCAUCAAAUGCGCCGUCAUUAUCCAAGAUGAAAGAGGAGAUCACCAAGUUACGCUCUGAAUCAGCUUCGAAAGAUCUAGAAAUUCUGAACCUCCAAAGGAGGAAGACCGAGUUGAAAGAGGAUAGGGAAAUGUUGAAUAUCGCCUUGGAUUCGAAACAGCAAGAACUUGAACUCAUGAAGAGGAAAUUCGCCGUCAAGGGAAUAGCAGGAUCCACGCCUUUAGGUACUUCCCAGAAGACCAAUAUAGGUAUUUCCUCUACAACGCUCGAAACUCCAUUGGUAGGUAAAGGUAUACAAACUCGACGAAGAUCUUCUUUAGCCCAAAGUCAAAGUCAAACUCCCUUGGUUUUACCAAACGUACCUAAACAUCUUCCAUCGUCGCUUCAGACUCCUAUCAACGGACGAAGGGCAAGUUAUGGAGUACAGCUGCAUCCCUCAACGAGGAUUGCGAAUAGAGUGAUGAAGCGUUUAGAAGAGGAAAAUGAUGAACAGGAGAAUCAACCUCCUGUGCAUGAAUUCAUAAGGAGUAGAAGGCAGAGAGUUUUGGCGUGA